AUGAACUUUCUUCUGCAUCAGCAACGUAGCCCCGGUGCGGUCGUACCGAUCCCCGAGGACCUUCGCCCACUGAUGGAGGAGAUGAGCCGUGAGGUGCUGCGAGCGCAACCGCAAGAUGCCGUACACUUCCUGGCCGACUAUCUCGAGGAACGGUUGGUACGGCGUGAGAACCGGCGACUAGCGGAGCGUGUCGUGGACAACGUGCUCGAUCAUACCAUCGAAAUUGUGGCGCUGCUGGAGACGGCUGGAAUCGAAAGGGAGCGUGCCGAGGCAGCGGUCAAGUGCAUCCGACAGGAGUUUCAUCGUCACUUUGAAACGCGAACCGAUGACGAACGGUUACGGGAGGCUUUCCGGGAGCGCCAGGUACUGGAUCGGUUGAUCAAGGAGUGUGGAUUCAGUGAGCAGGAAGCCCGGCAUGCAUCGGCCAUCAUCGAGCAAGCCUACCGGACGUUCUACUACCGGAACGCGUAUAAGACGGAACGGCAUCCCGCGGCCAGGGAUCAAGACUGGCGCCAGGCGGCAAAGCAUUCGCUUGGGAUCUACGCACAAACGGAACCGACGAAAGAGGAGAUGGAAACUGCGGCCAUUCGCAUUCAGGCAGCUUACCGGGGUUACUUUAGUCGGAAAAGGCAGCAGUGGGAUCAGAAGGCCACACUCAUACAGCGAGCCUUCCGGCAGCAUCAAAAUCGCAAAGCGAACUUGGAUGACGCUGACUCGGAGAUCGUGGCCCACGAGAUACUGCGUCCAGGUUACCAGGACUCCGAGGCGAGCUUCUCACCGAGUGAGAACAUACGCCAACUGAUCAACAUCGUAGUAGGCAUCGAUAACAAACAAACCGAAGAGCAACCGAACUCGAACCUCGAGGAAGCUGCCACACUCAUCCAAUCGGUUUAUCGUGGCCAUCGCAAGAGAGCACAGUUUGAAUCCUCCUCGAAUCCUCCGGUAAACAGCGCCAAGAUCGAUCCAGAAUCAGCUGCAACUCUUCUUCAAUCCGUCGUUCGUGGGCAUCAGUCGCGCCAGAAGCACCAAAAGCAUCAGAAGCAAACCCAUCACGAGAUGGCCACUUUGUUGCAGUCACACGCCCGGGGCUAUCUGGUCCGCAAGCAACGCUCGCGCCAGCGUGACACUAUAACACCAGACCAGGCCUCCGGAGCCUCUUCGUUCCAGUAA